UUCUCUUUGGUUCACGUAUUUAAAUUUAGUCAAAAUGGAGCUUCUCAGCAAAAUAGUGGCUCUGAAAUUGCUGCUCCUAUUGCAAUUUACUUCUAGUUCACUCGGCGUUGAGAGUGAUGCUUGUCUUAGGGAUAUAGCGAAAUACAAGGAGGAUUUUCAAGCUGGAGUUCCCUGGGCGUUGAGAAUGUUCGACUCGGCGACCAAGAUGCCGAGUGGCAUUUUGGACGGCAACGUACUCCAAAUGGGCAAUUACGACGAGUGUCUGAGCGUCCAGGGACCUCCACCGGUGAGCUCAGCUGAUUCGAGCUUCACCGGUCUCUUCUGUCGUGUCAAAAUUACCGAGUUAACCUUACCCGAGUUGAAGGCACUUCACUCGUUGAGGGAUCUCAACAGAACCCACGUGCUGCAAUAUAUGCAUUUGCCACUCCUGCACUAUCUAGAAAAAUCACAGGGAGGUGACGUGCGCGAUUUGUCGCUGCAGUGGGCGGCGUGUGCUCCAUCGACGUGCGGCGCCGAGGGCCUGGAAACGGUGGCCGAGUACAAUCUGAAUUUGCUGCUGGCCGAAAUCGGUGGCUCCGUGCAAGUGGAGGCCGUGCAGAAAUCGUGCUUCGCGAUCGGCGACGGUUCCGACGAGUUCGACCCGGCCGCCUGGGGCCUCGUGGGACUUGCGAGUUUCAUUUGUUUCCUGGUUGUUCUUUCCUCGGCCUACGACUAUUACACCUCCUCAAAAGGAAUUAAGCCAGCCAAUAGAGUGCUGUUGGCUUUUUCGGCGCAGAAAAACCUGACUGAGCUGUUUUAUAUUCCGGAUGAUCUUCCGUCGGGCAUUCUUCCUUGCCUGAAUGGCAUUCGGGUUUUGAGUCUGUGUUGGGUGCUGCUGGGCCACAGAUAUCACGUACAGACAGAUAUGGCGAAUAUCAACGCUCUGCAAAUUCCAAAGGUGGCAAACGUGCCGAUCAAUAUGAUUAUGCUCAACGCGUACUUGUCCGUGGAGACAUUUUUCUUGCUGAGUGGACUCCUAGUGGCGUACACCAACUGCAUCAGGGCGAACAAGGGUCAAUCCUUUAACCUGAUCCAAUACUACGUCAACCGCUACGUUCGGCUGACGGUGCCAUUGGCUCUGCUCGUUUAUUUUUUGGCGACAAUGUCGGACAAGGUGGUGCGGGGGCCCCUGAUGGAUUUGUACAUCGACUAUGACGCACAAGUGUGCAGGGAUAAUUGGUGGGCGACGCUGCUUUACGUCAACAAUUACGUCAAUAAUUUAGCUGUGUGCGGCGGGCAAACGUGGUAUUUGACCGUAGACAUGCAGCUGGCGCUCCUUGCCCCGAUAAUAAUUUUCCCUCUGAUCAAAUGGCCAAAGCCAACCAUGUAUGUGAUAUCAUUUUUAACCCUGGCCUCGGUGGCAGCUGCUUUCGCCACAACUUACAUCAACGAAUUAUUCUGGACGAAUCCUUUCGGGCCUGGAGGUCUAAAUUUUUGGCUCUACCUGUACAGCAACACCCCAAUGAGAGCAGCCCCGUUCUUGGUUGGAAUGGGUCUCGGCUAUAUUUUGAGCAACAAAAGCCUCGUGCAAAAAAUGCGCUUGACCACCUGGCAGGUGUACGUAGCUUGGUUCCUUAACACGGCCCUCUGCCUUGCGGUCGUGUUCACCUUGGCCAUAGCGUAUCAGGAUGGAUACGAGUACGACAAAUUGGAGGCAGCUUUCUACGGCUCCUUGCACAGACUGGGCUGGUCUUUAGGAAUUGCGUGGGUUAUUUUUGCAUGCACAGCUGGCUAUGGCGGUUGGGUGAACGAGAUCCUGUCGUGGCGCUAUUUCGCCCCGUUCAGCAAGCUGAGCUACUCUUACUACUUGACUCACUAUGUCAUCAUGUUCUGGCACGGUGGAACUUGGCGAAAUCCGCACUACUUUACGCAUUUUGAGAGUGUGCACGCGUUUUUCGGCGACCUCUUUGUCAUCUUUGUGCCAUCGCUGCUUCUCUACAUAGCGGUGGAGGCUCCAACCUCGGCUCUUUUGAGACAAGCUUUCAAAAGGGGCUGACAAAAGCCAUUCACAGUAAGGUAUGCGUAACGGAAUAAAACUUUCAUGCAAGAA